GCCUCCCCCUGGAUACUUCCGUCCCUUCUCGGCCCCCGUCGCCUUGCUCCCCGUUCCACCCCCGAGCUUUUUUUGCCCUUCUCGGCCACCGUCGCCUCACUCUGGCCCUUCGGCUUGUCAGCAAGUUUUUUUCGUCCCUUCUCCCAGUCAGCUAUCUCGAUUCCAGGCUUUUUGUCCCCUCACGGCCGCCGUAGCUCACGCUUGUUCUCAUUUAAACGAGAUCUUUCCCCUCUCCGCAUCUCGGUCCCCGUAGCUGGCUUUGCUCUCCUUCUGCCGGCGUUCCGACCCCCGUAGCUUUGCGUGGCUCAGGCUUUUCCGGCCCGGCCGCCGUAGCCCGACCGCGUUGCUGGGCGGGGCGUGGUGACGCAGGGAGCGCGCGGCGGGGCCUACUCCCCGGAGGGGCCGCGGGAGGAGGAGGAGGAAGAAGAAGAAGAAGAAGAUGGCGGAAGCUUCCCCGCAGCCCGGGCGCUACUUCUGCCACUGCUGCUCGGCCGAGAUCGCCCCGCGCUUGCCGGACUAUAUCUGUCCGAGGUGUGAAUCUGGUUUUAUUGAAGAGCUUCCAGAAGAGCCCAGGAAUGUCGAGAACGGCUCCAACUCUUCGGCAUCAACCAGCGAGCAGAGCCGACACCCGUUCGAGAAUGUGGAUCAACACUUAUUCACCCUGCCGCAGGGCUACGGCCAGUUUGCCUUUGGGAUCUUUGACGACAGCUUUGAGUUCCCCUUUGGGUCCAAUGCGCAGUCGGAAGACAACCGGGAUGCCGAGAACCGGCGCGAGAGGGAGCACCAGUCUCGCCACCGAUACGGCGCCAGGCAGCCUCGCGCCCGCUUCACUGCACGGCGGGCUGCCAGCAGGCACGAGGGGGUCCCGACGCUAGAAGGAAUUAUCCAGCAGCUGGUGAACGGGAUCAUCGCGCCCACCACGAUACCAAACCUCGGCGUGGGGCCUUGGGGAGUCUUGCACUCAAAUCCCAUGGACUACGCCUGGGGGGCCAAUGGACUGGACGCCAUUAUAACUCAGCUACUGAAUCAGUUUGAGAACACCGGCCCGCCUCCCGCCGACAAAGAGAAGAUCCAGGCCCUCCCGACAAUUCACAUAACAGAGGAACACGUAGGUUCUGGGCUGGAGUGCCCUGUCUGUAAAGAAGACUACGAGGCGGGCGAGAGUGUGCGACAGUUACCCUGCAACCAUUUGUUCCAUAAUGGCUGUAUAGUCCCCUGGUUGGAGCAGCAUGACACUUGCCCAGUGUGCCGAAAGAGCUUGAGCGGACAGAACACAGCCACAAACCCCCCGGGACUCUCGGCAAUGAACUUUGCUUCGUCUUCGUCGUCGUCUUCCUCCUCCUCCUCCAGUUCACCAAGUAACGAAAACUCUGCAAACAACUCGUGAAUCUUAAAAGCAACAAUGAGAAAAAAAAGCAUUCUUCAUUCUCCUGCCCUUUUCUAACGUCCUCGCCCCUUCCUCACUCCCAGCACCACCACCACCACCCAGCAGGGGCAACCGGGGGUCUCCAGAACAGAGCCGAGUGUGGGGGAGGAGGAGGAGGAGGAGAACGGAAACCCCGCUAGGCUUCCCAUCAGCCAUGAUGACAACACAGACGUCCUCUCCCCCCCUCCCGCCCCACUCCAUCCCCUGCAUCUCUGGGUGGCGUCUUUGAUGAUAAAUCUCACACUCUCAAGGGAAGGGAGGGGGGGAGACUAGUUCUUUUCUUUCUUUCUUUUAAACGGAACAUUUCUCGCUGCUGUGUGGACUCCCAAAGAUCAGCCAAACAGCGCCGCAUGAAAGCUUACGGCAGUUGGAAUACAAAAAGCACUGAGGGUGGGGAAGGGAGGUGGGGGGUGGUCCGUGGCUCCAAAAGCUUGUUCAGAAGUUGCUUGUAUUUUUAACUUUGACCAUUUCCCCCCCUUGCAUUUUCCCCCCUUUUUGCUUUCAUGUUUUCUAAGCCUUGAAAAUGGAAAACGUAACCAAAGCCGCCUUCUCCUCCUCCCUCCCCCACUGUGGAUUCCCUCCAUGGGGCAGGUGGGGCGGGCGGGACUUGCUUUUAACCAGCCCCCUCCCCAAGACAGAAAACGUGAACAAGACCGAAUCGGACCCCGCUUCCUGGCGCUGUUGAGUCACUUCUUUCCACCCUGCCCCGCUGUAUCGUCCUCUAACAUCGAUCAAUUGCCUCUUGGCAAUUCGACACAAAUGAAAGGGGUUUUUUAUAAUUUUAAAUUAUUACUGCUGUUAAAUAAAUGGACAUUUCAGCUCA